CUAUAAAUAAGACUCCAAAGUGUUAGAAAAAAACUCGCAAGCAUUUGGCGAACCAAAAAUACAAAGAGGUUUCUUCUCUCAAGGGGUAAAAAGUUUGCUCCUUUCAGACAUUUCUAAACCUCUUUUUCUAUUAGUUCGCUGUUGGGUUCCUCACUUGCCUUUUUCUUGAGAAUGGAAACUUUCCUAUUCACCUCCGAGUCUGUGAACGAGGGUCACCCAGACAAGCUCUGUGAUCAGAUCUCUGAUGCAGUUCUUGAUGCCUGCCUUGAGCAAGAUCCUGAGAGCAAAGUUGCAUGUGAAACUUGCACCAAGACCAACUUGGUCAUGGUCUUUGGUGAGAUCACAACCAAGGCUAUUGUAGACUAUGAGAAGAUCGUGCGUGAGACAUGCCGUAAUAUUGGAUUUGUUUCUGAUGAUGUUGGUCUUGAUGCUGACAACUGCAAGGUCCUUGUUUACAUUGAGCAGCAAAGUCCUGAUAUUGCUCAAGGUGUCCAUGGCCAUCUGACCAAACGCCCGGAGGAGAUUGGUGCUGGUGACCAGGGUCACAUGUUUGGCUAUGCCACCGAUGAGACCCCUGAAUUAAUGCCUCUCAGUCACGUGCUUGCAACUAAACUUGGUGCCCGUCUUACAGAAGUCCGCAAGAAUGGCACCUGCGCCUGGUUGAGGCCUGAUGGCAAAACUCAAGUUACUGUUGAGUAUUGCAAUGACAAUGGUGCCAUGAUUCCAAUCAGGGUCCACACUGUGCUUAUCUCCACUCAACAUGAUGAGACCGUUACAAAUGAUGAGAUUGCCCGCGACCUUAAGGAGCAUGUCAUCAAGCCAGUCAUCCCAGAGAAGUACCUUGACGAGAAGACAAUCUUCCACCUUAACCCAUCUGGCCGAUUCGUUAUUGGUGGACCUCAUGGUGAUGCUGGUCUCACUGGUCGUAAAAUCAUCAUCGACACUUAUGGUGGUUGGGGUGCUCAUGGUGGUGGUGCUUUCUCUGGCAAGGACCCAACCAAGGUUGACAGGAGUGGUGCAUACAUCGUAAGGCAGGCUGCAAAGAGUAUUGUAGCUAGUGGACUCGCUCGCAGAUGCAUCGUGCAGGUUUCUUAUGCCAUCGGUGUGCCUGAGCCAUUGUCCGUAUUCGUUGACACCUAUGGCACUGGAAAGAUCCCCGACAGGGAAAUUUUGAAGAUCGUUAAGGAGAACUUCGACUUCAGACCUGGAAUGAUGUCCAUUAACUUGGAUUUGAAGAGGGGUGGCAAUGGGAGAUUCUUGAAAACUGCUGCCUAUGGUCAUUUUGGACGUGACGACGCUGAUUUCACAUGGGAAGUUGUCAAGCCCCUCAAGUGGGAAAAGCCCCAAGACUAAUAAGUGUCUGAAAAUGCUUGCCUAUGCUUUUGUUCUUUGUUGUUUGCUUGUGGCUUUAGAAUCCUCUGUGUUUGCUUGUCUUUUUAUUCUCUUUUGACCCUAUUUUUGUUGUUGUCCUGUUUCCAUUGUGUUGGAUAUCUUAGGCCUUGGAAUAUCAAGGGAAAAAAACUAUUAUUAUAUACAUAAAAAUUAGUGCAUUUGUGGAAUAA